AUGUUAUAGGCUUCGUGAUGUUUUCUUAGAUGGUCCGUUACAGACUCGUGCGUUGUUUAAAUGCAGUUAUCUUCAUUUCGUUUGUAGGGUUUUUGAUGGUCUAUUUACAAAGUCCAUAUCUAAGUGCUAAUGGAAACUCUGAACGCUCACAGUACGAUGCUCCAGAAAAAGAAUUAUUAUUAGUCCCCGAACGAAAUGAUCAAGAACUUGAAUUGGAUUGGACGUUUCGAACUACACCUUUACCUUUAAGCAAAGAAGAAAUUGUCCGUUCAAUUGAAUUUCUUAAUGCGAACUAUGAAAUUCUGAAUACGGAUAAGUACGGUCACUUGCAAAAUGUGGAAAUUGUACUUGUUGUUCAGGUCCAUGAUCGUAUCGAAUAUUUGAAAGAGUUGAUUUCUACUCUCAGAGCUGCCCGGUACAUUGAAACUGCGUUGCUGAUUUUUAGUCACGAUUAUUCGUCUGCAGUGAUAAACAAAUUGAUUAGAGGGAUAGAUUUCUGUUUAGUUAUGCAGAUUUUUUACCCAUACAGUAUUCAGUUGUUUCCAGAUGUUUUUCCUGGACUGGACCCUUUGGAUUGUCCAGAAAAAGCAACUAAGAAAGAGGCAGCUUCGCUGAAAUGUAAUAAUUGGAAAAAUCCUGAUAAAUAUGGACAUUUUCGUGUUGCAAAGUUGACACAAAUCAAACAUCAUUGGUGGUGGAAGAUGAAUUACGUAUUCGAUGGGAUAUUGAAACAAUAUGCAUUGACAAAGGUAUGGGUAAUAUUACUGGAGGAGGAUCACUACGUUUCGCCAGAUUUCUUACAUGUUAUGCGCCUGAUUGUAGGCAGUAAAUCGAAUUUUUGUGCGGAAUGUCAAGUGAUAAGCCUUGGACUAUAUCUCAAGCAGUACAAUAACUUUAAAAGCAAUUUGAAUCGGUUGGGUAUUCAUCCCUGGUUCAGUUCAAAACAUAAUAUGGGAAUGGCCAUCAAGGCGGAUACGUGGGAACUUAUCAAAAAUUGUACGGAAUUGUUUUGUAAGUACGAUGACUACAAUUGGGAUUGGUCGCUGUUACGCGUUAGCAUGAAAUGCUUGCCGUCAAGAUUGAAGGUCAUUGCUGUUAAAGCUCCUCGUGUUAUACAUGUUGGUGACUGUGGCAUACAUACUCAUCGUUGUGCUGUUCAUAAUACUGCUGCAGUGGCGGCGGAACUUUUUAGUAGUUCAGCGAACUCGUUAUUUCCGAAAAAAAUGAUAUUGGCAGAGAAUCUGAAGCGAACAUUAAAACCUCCAAGGGAGAACGGUGGUUGGGGCGAUAUACGAGAUCAUGAACUGUGUCUCAAUAAUUCACAUGUGCCUAAUCUUGCUGCUUACAAUUUUUAUUUAAAUACGCCGACAAGCAUCAAUAAUACACAUAUCAGCUACCCUUUCAUUUUUCCUUUCUAAGACUCAAGGUUAUGUUUUGUUUGGACACAAGUAUCGCCUCGUAUUUUAUGUCAGGUUGCGGAUCGAACUAAUAUUCUGUGACACAAGUUGAAAAAAUCUAUUGUAGCGUGUUUUCACAAAGUGUCAUUUUGAAUAAUUCAUACUAAUACAGAUUGUUAAGUCAGUAUCCUUACAUAAUUUUUUAACAUUGUUCAUGGGAAGAAUUUUCUGUUUCAUAUCUCUGAUUCUUGUAAUUUUGAACAACGCUUUAUUCAGGUUCCUGAAAUCUAACAUCUGAGCUGCAUGUUUUCAUUGUUU